AUGGCUUUUAUAAAUUUCAGUUUAUUUUUAUCCUGUCUGUUUCUUCCAUUGACAGUUGUAGUUACUCAAGUAUCAUGGGAAAAUUGUGGAAGUGAAUCAAAUGAUAUCAAACUACUAAGUCUUACGAUAAGUCCAGAUCCAAUUGUGAUUCCUGGUUUGAUUUCUGUAACAACAACUAUCUAUACUAAUCAAAAGUUAACAAGUCCAUUAAAGGCAACAGUGUCAUUAAGAAGAAAACUUUUUAUAACUUAUAUUACACUUCCCUGCUUCAUAAUUGGUUCAUGUACAUAUGAUGAUCUUUGUACUCGUUAUAAACAAUAUAGUUGUCCAAUAGAAGCAGGAGAACAUACAUUUAAUAUUCCAAUGAAAAUUAAUUCUACAUCCUGGAUACUUGCUGGAAAUUAUCAAGCACAAAUUGAUAUAGAAACUAAUUCAAAUGGAAAAGGUUGUGCUAAAAUUAAUAAUAUAUCUGUUAAAACAAAUUAA